AUGCAUUUAUCACUGGAUACCAUGAGCAUGGUGGACGACAGCUGCUUCUCGCCCAGCAACUUCCAUGAAUUGGGGAAAGGUGGGGGCGUCGCUGUGGGGGGCCGCGUCCACAGCAUUGAUGUCAUCCUGGGCUUCAGUAAAGACCAGGAUCCCCUGCUCAGCCCUGCUGGGGCCCCACGACCCCAUAAAGUGGACAUAGAUGGCCUGGCAGAGCCUGGGAGGCAGCAGGAGCCCUCAUCACACCCGACCUACAGCGGGCACCUUUCCUCUCUGAGGAACAGCAGCACAGAGCAGCAGCAGCAGCAGCAGUACCACGAUACCAGCUUGUUCACAAACAAGUGUGACGAGGAGCUGAAUGAACUGAGGAAGAGCAUAGAGAGUGAUGAAGGCAAGUCUCCAGAACCUGGUAAGGACGAUCAGCCCAAGAAGAAGCACAGACGCAACCGCACCACCUUCACCACCUAUCAGCUGCAUGAACUGGAGCGUGCCUUUGAGAAGUCCCACUACCCGGACGUGUACAGCCGUGAGGAGCUCGCCAUGAAGGUCAACCUCCCAGAAGUCCGAGUUCAGGUCUGGUUCCAGAACCGCAGAGCUAAAUGGCGUCGGCAGGAAAAAAUGGAUGCCAGCACCAUGAAGCUCCACGACUCGCCCAUGCUGUCCUUCAACCGCCCAGCACCAGUUCACACCAGUAUAGGUCCGAUGACAAACUCCCUCCCCUUGGACCCCUGGCUGCCCUCUCCUCUCUCCAGUGCCACACCGGUCCACAGCAUCCCGGGCUUCAUGGGUCCAGCUCAGGGCCUCCAGCCCAGCUACCCCAGCCAUAGCUUCCUCAACUCAACUCCUCAUCCUCCUCAUCCUCACUCUCACCCUCAUCCAUCCAUGGGCCAGGGGAUGCAGAGUAUGGCACCUCCUCCUUACCAGUGCACGGCGCCGUACCCUGAUAAAUACCCCCUGGAGGACGUGGACCAGCGCAGCUCGAGUAUUGCUGCUCUGAGAAUGAAAGCCAAGGAACACAUCCAGUCUAUGGACAAGACCUGGCAACCCAUGUGA